CACCGUAACUUCUCUCCAGCGCUGCUCCUCACUUUGUCUCUGUCUGUAGCAGUAUGUCGUGCUGGUUUGCUUCACCUCAAUAUGACCAGUCAUUUCCCCGAAGCUGCAUGGUGUUGACUUCCUGUCUGCGCAAUCUUCGCUCUUGAGAAGAUAAAUAAAAAAAGAGAAAAAACGUAGUUCCAGGGAAGAAGGGGCAAGACAGAAAGACCUACAGAGAGAAAGGGAGAAAGAAAAGGGGAGGAACAGAGAGAAGGAGAGACAAAGAGAGAAUGGGGAAACAGUGAGUGAAAGAGAGCGAGAGAGCGAGAGAGAGAGUGGGGUGGGAUAGAGUGAAAUGUUCUGCGAUUGAAUGAGAGUGAGAAUGAUACGGAGAGAGAAUAGAAGAGGAAACCUUUUUGACUGCCAGCAUUUUGUGGACCGGUCAGGAUACACCAUAUGACAGACUACUGGUAUCCCUUGAAGGAGCAGGAGGGAAAAAGCAUGGAGGUGGAGGGGUGAGAAAGAAAACAAGAGGCUAGAGACAAAAUGGCUACAUUCUCCACUGGCUCUGAAUUUGGUACCGGUAGGUGAGUUUAGUUCUGUAGCUCUGCUCCUCUAUGUUUCGCUACAGAUAUUAAUCUGCACUCUUCCAUGGACAAUCCCAACAGAAGCUACUGUCAGUUAUAGCUCUCUCUUCUCUGGCCAUCUGACAGCAUAGACAUUAAAACAGGAAAUUAUCUUUUGCUCACUACCUUUCCGCCUUGGGGAGCUCAAAUGGAGAGUCCAAACAUCUGCCAGUCGUUGUCAUCUCCGGCAGUUGAACCCUUCUGUCAUCUCCCGGAGCGUAGGCUUCUGUUGCUGGGGGGACCAGGAGCUGGGAAGAGCACCACAGGGAAUGCCAUCCUAGGUGAGGAGGUCUUCCAGACUGGGACAGAGACUAUCCACAGCACCGUUGGCCACGGGGGGGUCUGCAGGAGGCGUAUCACCGUGGUCGACACCCCAGGCUGGAUUAUACCCCAUGACUCAGCGGAUGAUACCACCGGGGUCCCGCCAGAGCGGGCUAGCAAGGAGGGACCAUGUGUCGGUGCCACCCUCUGUCCCCCAGGGCCCCACGCGCUCCUGGUGGUGGUCCCCGUGUCACAGCCCUUCACAGAGGGCCACAGGAAGGCUGCAGAGAAGCAGCUGGGUCAUCUAGGAGGAGGGGCCUGGAGGUCCACCAUGGUGCUCUUCACUGGGGUUGACCAGCUACCUGAGGGGACAUUCGUAGAGGAGUUCAUUGCAGCUAGGGAGCCCCUUCAGUGGCUGGUGGAGAGGUGUGGUAACAGAUACCAUGGCCUGGAUAGUAACACACAGCAGAGUGGGGAUGACAACACGGUAAACACACAAGUUCAGGAGCUGCUGGAGAAGGUAGAGGAGCAGGUUAAGGAAAACCAUGGCUGGUAUUUUGCAGUAAACGAACUGAUUCUGCUAGAGGAAGAGCAGGCAAGGAAGGCGGUGGAAGAGAGGCGGAUGAGAGAGGAGCGGGAGGAGAGGGAGAGGCAGAGGCUGCGGAUGGUCGGAGGCCCUCCCAGAGAGCUGAGGGUCCUCUUGCUGGGCUGGAAAGGAGUGGGAAAAAGUUCUGUAGGGAACACCAUCCUGGGCCGUCGGGACUUUGAGUCGGGGACAGAGACGGCGCAGAGCCUUAGGAGGCAGGCCGAGGUGGCCGGACGCAGGGUCACCAUUGUUGACACCCCUGGCUGGGACUGGUUCUCCAUAAGACGCACCCCGAAACACGUCAGACAGGAGUCAAAGCGAGGGGCUACCCUCCUCCGGCCUGGCCCCCACACCCUUCUCCUGGUGCUGCCCAUCAUCUCCACCCUCACUUCACGCAAGAGGCGGACCCUGGAGGCCCACCUGGAGGGCCUGUUUGGUGAUAGGGCGUGUCUCCACACCAUGGUGCUGUUCAGCUGCGGGGAUUGGCUGGGCCGAACACCGGUCGAGGAGCACAUUCAGAGGGGAGGGCGGGAGCUCCACAGGUUGUUGGAAUACUGUGGAAACUAUUAUCACGUGGUGGACAGCAAGAUGCCAGGGAAGGACACAAGAAACAUCUCAGAUCUGCUGGACAAAAUAGAGGAAAUGAUCAGAGAGAACGGUGAUGAGGCCUUCUUGCCAAUACAGAUGGAUGAAGAAAGCCCUGAGUCAUCUGAGAACAACAGCCCUGAAGAGGACUGUGGCAGAGGAUGCCAGCUCCAGUAGUGACAACGGAGAGAGUAGCCAAGAGCACAUUACACUGUAAGGUGGACACGAUCCCGCACACCAAGCCAAAACAUUCACAUUUUAAAGUGACCUGGUGUAGAAUUACACUGGAAAUGAAAGAACACAUACAAUGCCUUCAGAAAGUAUUCACACAACAUGACUUUUUAAAUGGAAAAAGUCAAGGGGUGUGUCGUGUCUUUGGGGUACCAUUAAACUGAAGACAUGUUUAUCAAUUAACUCCCUGUAAUUAUUAUCACGCGAUUAAACGGAUUAAUCGUUUAAUUGUAAUUAACUAGGAGAUCGGGGCACCAAGGAAAAUAUUCAGAUUACAAAGUUAUAAUUUUCCUAAUAUA